AUGCCGCAUUUAAAAAUCGCCGUGGAUUCUUCGCUCAACAAUAAAGGUUCGAAAUUCAAAAUUCGGCAACAAGUUGGAUUGGAAAUUGAGCAGUGCGAAACUUUGAUGAAGGUACGGUAGAUACAGUAAUCCUUGAAGCGAAAUAAUUAAUUUCGAAAUGUUUAAAAAAUAUAUUUUCAGGUUUUUCAAGUUUUCGUUUACAAGUACGUGUCCCAUAAUUCUUUGGGAUACUGUACCUACAGUACAUUUACCACUACAGUACCCCAAUAUAUUUUGCAGGCUCUAAAAUGGACUUAUGAAUUUGUGCACUAUCACAAUCAAAUUGGCCAUGUUAUGCAAAAUGGAACAGCAACAGGUAUUCUAAAAAUUUAUCGAUUUUUUGGGAUACUGUAGAUUGGUUACUGUAGGCAUGUUGGGUGAUAUUCAAAGUGGAAAAAUCGAUAUGGCUUGUGGAAGAUUUCGAAUGACACCCGAUCGAGUUGAAGCCCUGAAAUUCACUUAUCCAACUGAAAUUGAAGUGAACCAGGUAGGCUGGGAAAAAUUCGGAAUCGGAAACAUCGGAAAACUUUUUUCGAAAAUGUCGGAAAUUCUCAAAAAUUGUUCCAAUUUUUCGGGUCCGUUUGAGAAUUGUUCUUCAAAAAUUUUUUAAAUAUUUAUCUAGGCGAGAAAUUUCAAAUUUUUAGUUGUUUUCAAUAAGUGUUCAUUCAGAAUCAGACAAGAUUGAGACAUUGAAAAAAUCGAGUCUGAUUCCCAAAUUUCCAAUCAAUCAAUAAUUUGCCAUGUUCACAGGUUUAUCUAAUAAAUGAUCCUCAAAAAUCGGAAGAUAUCGGAUUCCUGUUUCGUCCAUUUUCAACCUAUGUUUGGCUGUUGAUUUCAGUUACAAUUGUUAUUGUUUCAUUGAUAUUUUUUGUUUUGAGAUUUGUCGAAUUUUCGUCGAUGAAAGAAGAUGAAACUAUGUAUUCGUGAGUAACAGAAUAGUUUUGAAAAUUUUUAAAAUCAAAAAAAUAAUUUUUAAAUUGUUUUUUUUUUCGUGAACCAAUUUCAAAAUUUCCCAAUUAUUAUGCAGUGUCCAAAGCAAAAAAAAUUUAAAAAAACGUCCAAAACGUCAUUAUCUAUAUUUCAGAUGUGUUCACACAACAAUAGCUCAAAUGCUUUCUUCAACUUUUAAUGUCGAAAUCCGAAUUCAUCGAAAAUCCAAUUUUUUCGCUUAUCAUGUGAGUCCGCUUAUCACGAAUAUAUUUUUUCGACCAAAAAUUCUAGAAAAAAUUGCAGUUUUUCUCUGCAAUUUGGUUGCUUUGUUGGUUUCAUGUUUUUAUCGAUUAUUAUACAUCCGAAUUGAGUGGAAUGUUAGUGGUUUCAGAUAAAAAACAGAUGCCUUUUGAUGAUUUUUAUGGAUUUAUUCAUCAAUUGAGGUUAGAUACGGGGUCUGAAGAAUAGAAAGUCGGAAAAUUUAUUUGUUGACCAAUUUUUUCAGGGAUAACUUUCUUGAUUUUCUGAGAGUCACCAAUAGAGCCGAAUUUUUGAAGAAUCUUAUUUUUCUAUAGAAAAGGAACCUAUCGACUUCUAACAACUUCACCAGAUCGAUUGCCAGAAUGUCCACCAGAUAUAUCUUCUUCAACAUGUUCCGCACUUUUUUCUGAAAUUCUCAGCCAAAAUUCGCCAGUUUUUGGUGAUUCCAGUCUACUGAACGACCCCGAAUUCGUCAAAAAUGUUUGUCAAAAAAAAUUCCUUUCAAAAUCUCGUUGUACAAAAAAGUUUUUUAGCAAAAAGUGCCAGUCGUUGGAUUUGGAUGGUAUCCAGGACAACGAAUCUCAUCAAAAUUCUCAAUUUUCACUCAGGAAAGUUUCAAAUCGAGUGUUUGGCUCAUCAAAGAUUUUGCUGUAUGUUUUCGGAAAAAAGUGUAUUGUAUUUUGUCUGAAAAUGUUUCAGGUUUGCCCAGCUGGAUUCAUAGUUCGUCCCAAAUUUUCAUAUCUUUCGGAUUUGAAUGAUGCCAUUAUUCGAAUGUUGCCAGCGUUUGCGGUAAUAAACUGAAAGGGUUUUCUGAAACUAAACAUUUUUGUUUUCGUAUUAAUAUUUAAAAAUAAGAAACUUUCAGAUUCGGUCGCUAGAAUUUGUUGUAUUUAAAAAAUUAUUCGAAGUUUUUUGUAGCAUAUUUUCUAGAGUGUUAAAAUGAUUUGAAGAUUUUUUAGAAUCAUAUUUAGGUCGAAAUUAUCUACAUUGAAAUUUACAGUUUUAAGCAGAUGGCUGCUUUGACACGUGGCUCCCAAUAGAACAUCCAAUAAAACAUUUUUUCCAGCGUACCUCAAAAAAUCCACGUGUCUACCAAAUCUAGUACAGUACUCUAUAGUUUCAGACAAUCGACAAUCACUAUACUCCAUCUUAUCCAGUUCUUUCGCUCUUCGAAAAACCUGCCAAAUCCUCGUUCACCCUCAAUCAACUCUCAUCGAUUUUCGUCUUCCAUUUUUCGGCCUCCUUUUUGGCCAGCAUGAUUUUGUUGGCUGAAAUUAUUUUGGGUUUGUUUUCUGAUUUUCUUGAAUUAGCUGUUUGUUAAAAUGAGACAUUAUUCAGUGAAAUUCGACAUGUCGCGACAGCCUCUCGAUUGA